CUCCACUCUGAGAUGCUGCCCUCAUUUCAGGCGGACGGACGGAGAGACGUCGUGAGGAUUAAUUGAACAACUCAAGAGUUUUGCUACGUUAACUAGCUUAACAUUGGUUUCGUGACUCCUUGGUAUUAGUUUGGGACAGCUGGAAACUAAAACAUUGAGCAGCACCACAACAUUUGAGAGGGAAAAGUAUGGAGUUUAUCUUUUGACAGCUGAGGUGAGCUGUCACCAUCCACUCCGCUGCCAGACUGAGUGGCCCUGCAGUCCUGCAUCCUGACUGUCUCUGGCUCUGUUUAUGUGUCUGAAUGUCCACCAUGACUUGGAGGAGACUUGUCUGGUGGAGCCCCUGCUGACACCCCGUCCCCACAUAUCCACCUCAACCGGCCCCUUUCCUGACACCUUUGUUGUACCACUUUUCUCUGGAGCCCCCCUCUCUGUCUAAGCUGUCACCAUGGCUAGCCUGGUGCUCAAUGAGACCGGAAUGGAGGACUGCGGCAUUGACGACUCCUUCAAGUACAACUUGUACUCAGUGGUCUACAGUGUGGUCUUUGUCUUGGGCCUGAUCACCAACUGUGCCGCCCUCUUUGUGUUCUGCUUCCGGAUGAAGAUGAGUAACGAGACCACCAUGUUUAUGACUAAUUUAGCAUUAUCCGACUUGGUGUUUGUCUUCACGUUGCCAUUCAAGGUCUUCUACAAUGUUAACCGCCAUUGGCCCUUUGGAGACGGACUGUGUAAGGUAUCAGGAACGGCCUUCAUCACUAAUAUCUACGGCAGCAUGCUCUUCCUCACCUGCAUCAGCGUGGACCGCUUCCUGGCAAUCGUCUACCCUUUCCGCUCGCGCUCCAUCCGCACGCGCAGGAACGCAGCGCUGGUGUGUGCCGGCGUGUGGCUCACCAUCGUCGGAGGAGGAAUAUCGGUGACCUUCUUCUCCACCAUUAACAGCAACAACAAAGCCACCACCUGCUUCGAGGGCUUCUCCAAGAGCACCUGGAAGACCUACCUGUCCAAAAUCACCAUCUUCAUCGAGAUUGUGGGCUUCCUUCUUCCCCUCCUGGCCAACUUGGUAUGUUCCUCGCUUGUUCUGCGGACACUUCGGCGUCCGAUGACUGUUGGCCGCGGCUGUAACAGCAAGAAACGUGUCCUGCGAAUGAUUUUGGUCCAUCUGGGCAUCUUCAUCAUCUGCUUCGUCCCUUAUAACUCCAUCCUCUUCCUGUACGCCCUGGUGCGGACCCAGGCCCUGGCUAACUGCGCUGUGGAGCGCUUCGCCCGAACUCUUUACCCCAUCACUCUGUGCCUGGCCUGCCUCAACUGCUGCCUGGACCCCGUGGUCUACUACUUCACCUCGGAGAGCUUCCAGAAAAGCCUGACCAUGGGAGGCAAAGGGUCCGGCUCCCGGCCCCAGAGCAUCCCUCGCAGCGACACCGAGACGCUGGACGCCGCACACACUCUCCCCAGAGACACACACACGGCGGCCAGCAACGGGAAGGAUUCGAAGAUGUCUGAGAGUCAGUUCUGACUCAGCAUGGCAGACGGAAGUUAAAAAAUGGAUGGUGUGGGUUUGACGGGAGCCCUGCAUUUUGAAAACAAAGCGAUCAGCUGUUUGGUCCUGGAAGUGACACAUAACUCAGCAGAUUAGUUAAGUCCUGAGGUAAAUCCUGAGGUAUGGCCUGGGAUUUACGGAUUAAUCCAGCACUGGAGAGCAGAGGAAUGUAUCUGUGUGUGUUUAUUAUGAGAGAACACUACGGGGAUCAGAGUCCCAGCCACACCGGGACUAUUGUGCAGAGACACGCAGGGCCUCUGAGAGAGACUGCAACACAUCAUCACCCAGGCUUAACACACAAACACUCACAAAUGCACUGGAUUGUGGAGAGAAUGGAGAUUUCCAUUAGCAUUGUUGAAACAUGCUGUUUAGUACUUUUGUAACACACUGAGCCCUUAAGUUGUAUUGUUAUAAAGUUGAAGCUUUCGCAGCACAAUAUAUCAUUUUAGACAUUAAUGUUGUGGCACUCUUUAGUGUGGUGAGACCCACUGUUAUUGUAACACAGCAGCGCGCUGAACUACUGAGUUAAAUGUGUCUCAUGUUGAAGUUUGAGGCCAUUA